AUGGUAGUCGGCGGAAUGACGCAAUUCCUCACAAAGGCACAAGGAAUGCCUAAAAGUAUUGAGAACGCCAUCACCAAAAUAAUCAGAAACUUUAUAUGGGAUGGAAAGACAACCUCACCAAUAAGCAUGGGACAACUAGAACAUCCCAUCGCUGAAGGAGGCCUUGGUCUUCUAAAUGUCAAAGUAAGAAACGAAGCAAUAGACAUAACAUGGCUACAAGCCUACAUGGACAUUGUUACGACGGUACACAUAACGGCUCGUAGACCAACAUGGGCUUUUGUCGCUGACACCAUAAUCAACACAUUGAAACCAGAAGGAAUCACCAAUAACACUGACCUACGUACUUUCCUAUCAUCCUGGAACCCUCCUGCCAAGGGUAAAAGAGCAAAUAAGCUGCCGUAUAUGAUAACAAACAUGUUAAAGAUCACUAGAAAACACCACGUAAGCUUCGCACCUCUGAAGAUCUCCGAAAAUCUCAAAGACCAACUCCCAGCCUGGUUACACAUGGGCGCUCCACCAAGAACCUACCAUAAAACAAAAAACAACUGCCUAUGA